AUGUCCUCUAGUACGCAGAGUGGAAGUUCUUGUUUGAGCUGCCGCGCUAGAAAGGUGAAGUGCGACCGAAUCUCCCCGCAAUGCUCGCCAUGUAAGAAGCGGAAGCUCAGUUGCGAGGUUCCAGCAGCCCCGCCAAGGGUGCGUUGGUUACGUCCGCGUGUGAAUCGAAUCUCUCAGGAUGAUGUGGAGGAGCUGCAUGCGAGGCGACGGCCUUUAUUCACAGCCCUCGAUUUAGCCCACAAUGCGGCCGAAUUAGUAUUCACCACGGGGGACAGCUCGAUUGUGUCAAUUCUAGACGAACUAGACCAGCAAUCUGAUACCAUUGCAAGCCAUCAGACCCUGUGCAAUGGGCCAUUCCAUGUAUUCCAAGCCACGGAAAUGCUCCCUACGACUCAACCCGAAACCAUCUCAGAUAUAUUCGACCCAGAGCUCUGGAAUGCUGACUCUGCACAUGUUGCCGAUAUCUUGGAAGAAGAGAUUGAGUAUAGUCCUGAUCAGCUUGCGGAAAGCCCAGAGCUCCUUGGUAUAGACGACCCCAUCUUGGAACCCGAGACCUUCAUAUUGGAAAAUAUCGAAUUUGUCAUUCCACCAAGAAGUCCCAGGGCUAUCCGAUCCAUCACCUCUCUUCCACCAUCUCCUUCUCGCUCAUCUGCAUCAGACCUGGCGGAUUUCACCAUGCCACUUGCCAAAAUGCUGCUUGAUCACUAUCGCCAUCGACUGGUUGCAUUCUUCACCCCGGCUCGGACUGAGGUAAAGUCACCAUGGGAAGCCAUCUACAUCCCUAGCUUGCUCAGUACGGUAGGAGAGAUUGGUCUCGCAGGAGACAGCGGCAAUGCAAAGGUUUCGCUGCUGUUUGCAGUAUUUGCAAUCAGCGCGUUUAGUCAGAACCAGAGCCUCUCACCAAACGAAGGAAAUGAGUACCAGGAUUGGAAUUUUCUUGGCGAAAUGUAUCGCGAAAAAGCUUCCAUGCGAUUGAAACAAUCACUGCGCAGUCUAUCUCGUGACAAAGCCAAGAAGGAAAAAUACAAGGAUAUCUUGAUGGCCCUUUUGAGCAUGGUCACUAUCUGCGUGGUCAGCGGAAAGAUGGAAAACGCGGCUCAUUACCUACGAGAUGUUGAGGAGAUUAUCAACCUCCGUGGCGUGCAGAAGGUCUCCCAGUCAUCCAAAGUGCGUAUGCUGCACAGCAUUUAUCUUUAUCUCCGGGUUGUGACCGAGAGAACUUGUAUCGAAGGUCGAUCUCAAGUCAAUAUUUUUGAAAACUCUAUGAAUCUCUCUGUUCACUCGUCGGCUGAAGGUAUCAACACUUGGGACCGUCUUAUCGGAUUUCCUUCACCUCUGACCGGCUGCGGAAACCUGGACGUGGAUACACCUUGCAAAUCCAUGUUUGAGGAAAUUUACUCCUUGCCUCAAUCCUUGUUCAAACUGAUUCUUCAAACUACUCACUUGUCGAUGUUGAUCAACAAGUUUCAAAAGCCCGGAGCAUCGCAUGACAUCGACCACGGCUUAUUAUCAACACAAGUAAAGAGUCUGGAGAGCAGAAUUUGUACUUGGGAAUAUGAGGUCCAAGACAACUCCAGGCAUUCUGCUCACACUCACUUGCCGGAAAGAGAGAUAUUCCCAUACCAUUUCGUCCAAGCGAUGUAUAAAGCUUUGAUCGUCUAUUUCUAUCGGAGCGUCAGAGACGUCAACGCCGCAAUAUUGCAAUGCUACGUCCAACAGAUUAUCGACCAUCUUUUUGAAUACGACAAGAAGAAACAAAAGCAUAUGGAUCAAUCUGCCAAUACUUGCUGGCCUGGCUUUAUCGCGGGAUGCGAGGCACUGGACCCAAAACUGAGAGACAAGAUUUCCGGUUGGCUUCAGCGGUCUGCUCAAUCCACUGGAAUCCGCAUGUUCAUGGUGGCAUUGGAAGCUAUGCAGAAGGUUUGGCAAACUAGAAGUUUGCCGGGGAUGCAGAACGCGCCUUGGAAUCGAGUCUUGGAGCAAUUCAGUGAGCUGAGGGUGCUUGUAUUGAGUUGA